GGAGAGUCUUAUCUGUAAUCUGUUUCAGAAGAUAACACAAAAUGCUGAGCCUCAACCUGUCUACUGCUUCCGCUUCUUCUUCAACCCUUCCCUUUCUUCCGAAGCCAUUAUUCGCAAAAUCAUCCUUCAAUGGCAUCCGGCUCCGUCCCCGCAGCACCUGCUUGGUUCCACUCUCUUCCUCCGGGACGCGCACUGCAGCUGCGUCGGUGGUCAUGAUGGCCAAGAGAGAGGAGGAGAUGAAGGAGAUUCGCCAGAAAACCACCGACCAAAUCAACGAAGAGGUCGUCGAACUUAAAGGCGAGCUUCUCAUGCUUCGCCUUCAGCAAUCUGCCCGCAACGAGUUCAAGUCCAGCGAGUUCCGUCGCAUGCGCAAAAGGAUUGCUCGCAUGCUUACUGUGAAGAGGGAAAGGGAGAUUGAGGAGGGUAUCAAUAAGAGGUUGUCCAGAAAGUUCGAUAGACAAUGGAAGAAAAGCAUUGUUGUAAAACCGCCGCCAUCUUUAAUAAAGCUUCGGGAGCAAGAAGCAGCUGAAGAAGCUGCUGCAGCUGAAAAGGCCGCAUCAUCAUCAUAAUAUAUGCUCCUUGGUUUGGAGCGAAUGUUUUUGUAAUAUCAUAUUGUUGGUAUCCUGCCUUGUAUUUAUUUUUGGAAGUAAAAGAAGACAUGAUGAUGAAAAAUCAUGAUUCACAUUUCACAACAUUAGUCUUCAUAUUGAAUUAUCAAUCAAUUCAAUAUACACGAGUUUAA